AUGUCGGAAGCAACCAAUAUUACCCAACCACCAGCCUACUCGAAGAAGUUUGUCGUUGUGGGCGAUGGUGGAUGUGGAAAGACUUGUCUGUUGAUCAGCUAUUCACAAGGCUAUUUCCCUGAGAAAUACGUACCAACAGUAUUUGAGAACUAUAUUACACAAGUAACACAUGGUCCAUCUGGCAAAUCUGUUGAACUGGCCCUAUGGGACACUGCUGGUCAGGAAGAAUACGACCGACUGCGACCACUAUCAUACCCAGAAACAGAUUUACUCUUCGUCUGCUUUGCGAUAGACUGUCCUAACUCAUUGGAGAACGUCAUGGAUAAGUGGUAUCCAGAAGUUCUUCACUUCUGUCCAACGACGCCUCUCAUCCUAGUCGGCCUCAAAUCCGACCUCCGCAACAAGCGAACCUGCAUCGAACUCCUCCGAACACAAGGUCUGACCCCAGUCACACCAGAACAAGGUGCAGCUGUAGCAAAACAGAUGAACGCAAGAUAUGUCGAGUGUUCAGCUAAAGAACAAAAAGGUGUAGCCGAGUGCUUCGAACUCGCCAUAAACACAGCAGUCUCUGUUGAGGAAGCCAGCUAUGAAGCCAAGCCAUCGGCGCCAGGAGUGCAGAAGGUGAAAAAGGCCAGGAAGCGGACGUGCAAGAUAUUGUGA